AUGACGUUUGAUCAUGAUGAUUUUCCAAAUACUACACAACCUCGGCAAACCUGUAUUGCAAAUGCCAAUGGCGUUACUUAUCCUGUGACAGGGGCUGGCACUGUUGCACUCUCAUCCUCUCUCACACUGUAUAAUACUUUGCUUGUUCUAUCUUUAUCCACUAAAUUGUUGUCCGUUAGUCAGCUUACUGAACAAUUGAAUUGUUGUGUACUCAUUUACCCGAGUUUUUGUUUGCUUCAGGAUAUUCACACUAAGGAUAUUCUUGGUCGUGGUACUAAGAGAGGGGGGCUAUAUUAUGUCGAUGACUUCAAUCCUGGCGUGGCUAACAGUGUGACGCAUCCCUUUGAUAGCAAACAAAAGCAAAUCUGGUUGUGGCACCGUCGAUUGGGACAUCCGUCUUUUAGUUAUAUGAAGCAUCUUAUACCAAAUUUAUUCUCAGGUUUCAAGGACUCCGACUUCACAUGUGAUACUUGUAUUUUGGCCAAGAGUCACUGUGUGCCCUACCCGUUGAGUACGAACAAGUGUACUACUCCAUUUACGUUAAUUCACUCUGAUGUCUGGGGACCUUCACUUAUCACUGCUCCUUCUGGUGUUCGAUGGUUUGUCACAUUCAUAGAUGAUUGUACACGGAUGACAUGGCUUUAUUUGCUGAAGAAUAAAAACGAAGUGUUUUCCCGUUUUCAGUUCUUCCACAAACAGAUGAAAACUCAGUUUAAUGCUCAAAUCCAGAUUCUUUACUCCGACAAUGGUGGAGAAUUUGUCAAUCAUAACUUUCAGACUUACUUCCAACAACAUGGAAUUAUCCAUGAGACGACUUGUCCUCAGACACCACAACAAAAUGGUGUUGCUGAACGAAAGAAUCGACAUCUUCUUGAAACCGCCCGAGCACUUCUGAUUGGCGCUCAUGUUCCUCGCCAUCACUGGGAUGAUGCUAUUGUCAUUGCAGUUCACCUAAUCAACCGCAUGCCUUCUGGUGUAUUGACCUUUAAAACUCCCUUACAGGUGCUUGCGCAACACAAACCUCUGCCCUCUGUUUUGGUACUCACACCUCGAAUCUUUGGAUGUGUGGCUUUCGUUCAUCUCCACAAAAAUCAACGUAGCAAACUUGAUCCCUGUGCGCUUCGUUGUGUUUUUGUGGGUUAUGCCACUCAUCAGAAAGGCUACCGUUGUUAUCACCCUUCUACCCGACGUACCUAUGUCACUUUGAAUGUGACCUUUUUGGAAUCUGAGCUGUUCUUCCAUGACCCAUCAUCCAAUUCUACGCUUCAGGGGGAGAUACGAAGUGAAGAGCAGAAUUGGAGCAACUUGGAAAACGAAGAAAUUCUCCUAUGUACAGAAAUGAUUGAUCAUCCCGAGUCUGGAGCACAAGAUUAUUCUCUGCCGAAAAGCGACCAAUCGCCAUUCAUAGCGAUCAAUUACCUGACCCACCUGAUCCAUACGAAGAUAUUUCUGAUCCGAGUCUCACACCUACAGACAAUACAGAACAACAAGAUGAAGACCCCCCCUCUAACUCAACAGUACCAACAGACCAAUCUCCUGAGAAUAUCCUUGAGGCAAAAUCAUGGGAAGCCACCAAACUGCUAUUCACUUGAUAUUGGCAAGACAUCCAAGUAUCCCAUUGCAAAUCAUAUAUCCACUAAGAAGCUGUCUGAACCACUCAAGGCUUUUGUGCAUUAG